AAAUUGGAAAUGAAGCCCAGAAAGGAAGGGAGAAAGAGAAGUGCUUCAUCUCCAAGCAGGGACCGGACGGUCGAUUCGUUUGGGUUCGAGCCAAGGCCACCUAGUGGGUCUCGCUUUUCUAGGGGUUCUCGUUCCCCUACCGCGUCCCUUCUUGACACUGAUUUUGUGUGCGAAGACAUUGAUGGCUUCGCAGGUCUCCGAAUCUCACCUGAUGACAAUACCAACCCUAAUCCCAAUCCAAGAAGCUUCCCUUACAAUGUCAAGCUGCAGUGCUGGGAGAAGGCGGAGAAGCUCAAAGGCCGGGAUCCCGAUCGUUGGAGGCGGGACGCGCUCGGCAAUGUCGUCUUUCGGAAGUUAGUUGGAUGCCCUGGUUGUCUCUGCCAUGAUUAUGAUCACAUUGUUCCCUAUUCCAAGGGGGGCAAGAGCACUUUGGAGAAUUGCCAGGUUUUACAGGCUUCAGUUAACCGAUCCAAGGGGAAUAAAACUGAGAUAUCCAGAGCUGAUCUCAUACAGAAGAGUUCUUACUGUCGUGUAUCUGGUCGGGACAUGGAUCUUCUUGAACUAUCUGCGUAUGGCAAUGUUCGUCGUGGUCAAGAUUCAGGAGGUUGUAGCAUCCAAUGACCAAGGAGAGACAGCAUCAUCAUGCUCAAUCUUUUUUGUAUCAAAUGAUGAUCCAAGAUUCCAGAUCCUAAUCUGUUAAGCAACUUGGUGAACUGGGUCAGCUUUCAUUAGAUUAAGGUGAGGCUUUGAGCUUAAUAAAAGCUGAUAUGAUGCUAAGAUGCUGUAUGGCUUAUGAACUGCAUAGCAAAAUGUGGUACCCUGAAGGAAUUUUUUAUUCUGACCAACAGUCAUAACUAUUUGAUUUUUAACCACCUUUGGGUUUCUGUAAGUCAGAGGACACCUCCAACUACUCGUAUUCACGAAAAUAUUACUUGCAGGAAUGUAUAUAGCACAUUCAAUAGUUAUAUCUUCCAUGUGACCAUCUCUCCCUUUUCGUA